AUGGGAGAUGGGGGGGACGGGGACCAUGAGAAGCUAGAGCACCAGUACGCACAGAGCUACAAACAGGUGUCGCUGCUAGAGGAUGAGUUGGCCCGCGCUCGCAGCAUAAAGGAUCAGUUGCACAAGUACGUAAGGGAGUUGGAACAGGCCAACAACGACUUGGAAAGAGCCAAAAGGGCGACCAUCGUGUCUCUGGAAGACUUCGAACAAAGGCUGAAUCAGGCCAUCAAAAGGAACGCUUUCUUUGAGAGCGAGUUGGAUGAAAAGGAGUCUUUGUUGGUGUCGGUGCAGAGGCUGAAAGACGAGGCGCGAGGUAUAAUUAGAAACCGUAUAUUGGCGGUUAUUCUACCUGGGGCACAAUAGGCGGACGCGCCACUUUCCCCUGUAAUGGUUAGUUAUUC